AUGGCUGCUGAUAUCAUGGAGCAUGACUAUGAAAACCACUUCUGGGUAUCAGCCUUUGUGUCAAAUGGAUCAAGCCUCGAUUCUGGGUGGACCCUCACAAAAGGGACCCUAGAAUUACUCGCCGAGAUUCACGUCAUGUUGGUGAAAAAUCUCCAGGAUUUGGCCAAGGAAGUUGCCAAGUACAAAGAGGAUCUCGUAAAAGCUAGAAAAGAAGCAAAGCAGCAGGACAUUCUGGACGCUGUCAAUCUUAUGCAGACUACAACUACUUGCCUACAGAAGUCCAAAGAAACUUAUUAUGCCCGAUGUGCCGAACUGGAGAAGCUGAAGAAGGAAGCGAACGUCAACCCCAAGGAGAUUACAAAGUCCCAUUCCGCAAAGUUGAGGAAUGGUUCACUGCUUUGCCAAGCUGCACGUUUCGAACGCAAGAGCUCAACGCAUUAA